AUGGUCACAUACGGAACUCCAAUCCCCACUCGUCAUUUGGGCAAAAAUGGGCCGUCCGUCUCCGAGUUGGGGUACGGCGCAAUGGGCCUCUCCAUCGGUUACGGCCCAGCAAAGCCGGAUGAGCAUCGCUUUAAAAUGCUUGAUGCAGUAAUCGAAAGCGGUAUUUACUUUAUCGAUACCAGUGAUAUCUACGGCGACAGCGAAGAACUCAUUGGCCGAUGGUUCAAACAAAACCCCGGUCUACGUGAAAAAGUCUUUUUGGCCACGAAAUUCGGAAUUAAGAUGGAUAGAUCGAAUGGCGCAUUCUGGGCUGAUGGUAGCCCGGAGUAUGUAAAGACAGCCGUUGAAUCGAAUCUUAAGAGGUUGGAUAUUGAUUAUAUUGACUUGUACUAUGUUCAUCGAAUCGACUCAAAAAUCCCUAUCGAAUUAACCAUGGGCGCUCUGAAAGAGCUCAAACAGGCCGGUAAAAUCCGCCACAUCGGUCUCUCAGAAGCAUCUGCCGAAACCAUCCGCCGCGCUCACGCAGUUGAGCCUCUCGCUGCAGUUCAGCUUGAGUACUCGCCAUUCGCAAUUGAUAUCGAAGAGCCUGAGCGUAACGUUCUGAACACCUGUCGCGAACUUGGAAUCGCAACAGUAGCGUACAGCCCGCUAGGCCGUGGCUUCUUAACAGGUCGUUACCGCUCAACCGAAGACUUCGAACCAGGUGAUUUCAGAACAUAUGCUCCUCGUUUCUCUAAGGAAAACUUCCCCAAAAAUUUGGAGUUAGUGGAUGGGAUCAAGGCUUUGGCGGAUAAAAAGGGCGUAACCGCAGCACAGUUGACUUUGGCAUGGGUACUAAGUCGUGGUGAUGAUGUUAUCCCGAUUCCUGGAACAACGAGAUUAGAAGGAUUGGAGGAGAAUUUGGGUUCUUUGAAGGUUGAACUUUCUGAGGAGGAAAAGAAGGAAGUUGAAAGGCUGGCGAAAGAGUGUGUGCCUGUUGGGGAGAGGUAUCCAGCCGGGAUGAAUGAUGUUUUGUUCGCUGAUACUAUCCCAUUGGAUCAGUACAAGCCAUAA